AAAAAUUUCUCUUUCCUCUUCUUCAUAACUUCUUCCCACCUGCUGUAGCCACAUUUGUCUGGCGUCAGUUUAUUCCCUAUUUCUUUUUUGCUUCUUCAAUUUUGUUAAAGAAUAUAUAUAUAUAAUUCAACUCUCAAGCCAUGCCAUUGCAGGUCUUUGAGUUCCAUGCCGACAGCACCGUCAGUUUAGCCAGUCCAGCUGCCAUAAACCGAAAGAGUUGCGACCACUGCUUCCUAAACAGAAAGACAUGCGACAAGGUUCGUCAAGAUGCCGACUUGGGCGAAAAAUGCAAGCGCUGUGCAAAGGACAACCGUCCCUGCACUUUUACGCCUACGGUCCAUCUUUACCAUAUUGCAGAUUGCGUCGGACGUCACCAAUGUAGAGCCAAGGUCAUCCAGGCCAUGGGAGGCCGCAAGAAGGAAGUUCAGUUCAAGACAAUCGAGAUCCCAAUUGUCUGUGAUAUGGACAACCUUGUGGACCAAGCAUUGUUUGAAUUUAUCCAGAAGCAGCCAAAUCUGUUGGUCUACAACAAUAGGAUCAAAUCUAUGCUUGCAGAAGAGAUUUUAGGCAUCCCUCGUGAUCACGAUGCCAUUAACCCUACAGAUCCAUUUUCACAAGGGCUUCCAGUCUAUUCACCAGCACAACCGGUAUCGCCAUACAGUAGUAGCAGCUUUACCAGCCCUAUGACAGCACCUAUCCAAGUCUCGACCAACUACAACAUCAUGUCGCCAUACGAUCCUCAGCAAUCAUACCAGGCCGUGCAGCCAUCCGUCCAUCAGCAACAGCAGCAGUCAUAUCGUGCUCAUCCUUAUGCCAGUCACCAAAGAAACAACUCUGAAGAUCGUGGUCGCCCCUCACCUCGGUCACACAGUCCUCGUGCCCCUACUGGUCGGCAAUCUCACUCGCCCGUGGGCCGUGUAAGCCCCUUACCUAGCCCUAAUGCGCUCUCGCCCAUCGAUCCUUCUUCGGCUGUAGGCGUCAACGUCAUUAAUUCUAUGAAUUUUGAUCAGAGACGCCUGUCUGGAAAUAUGACUUCUGCACCUACAGCUGCAUUAAUCUCUGCUAUGGAUCCCUAUAGUAGCAUUUACCAGCCACAACAGCCACAGGUUCAGCAGCAGCAGCAACAGCAGGUCUCGAAUCCUUACCAGCAGGCAUCCCAGUAUCAUCCUUAUGCUCAGCAAUCGCCUUAUCCCCAGGCAGCUUUUUUUCAUCAGCCCCAAGCUCAGCUACCUCAGCAACAGCAGCAGCAUCAGCAACAACAAAUGGGUAGUUACCGCAACCCAAGCCCAAUCCCAAGUCCUUUAGCUCCAAGCCCUAUCCAAAGCCAAGGUAGUCCUCAACCUCCCAGCCCGCUGGAGUUGUCUCUCUCUCUGAACACCAACUUUGGGAUGCUUAGCAACAAUUUAAGUGCACAGAAUCUUCCUAGUUUAUUUGAUCAGACUUUGACGAUGGGCCAACCAUCUCAACAACAGCAACAACAACAGCUUCAGCAGCCUUCCUUUCAUCACCAGGAGCUCUCCAAUAACACAGGGAGUUCUAUCUCAGUGUCGGGAGCCUCCCCUGCUCUGACCAAUCUCAACCAGAUCAACCAGGGAAACGAGGAAUCCCCACUCGCGACUGAGGGCCGUGAUCCAGCACCAUUGGUGGUCACGACUGUGAAAGAGGAGGGUCGCGAAGUGGGGCUUUACUAUGCCAUUCCCAAGGUCAAUCUGAACCCUGGAGCCAGCGAGUCGGACCUUUUCCAGGACUUUAAUAUGCGGGAUGCUUUGGGGACUUCUGGGGUGCCAACAGGUUCAGCAGCCGGCCUCAUGAACCACUAUGCUCCACAAGACACGUUUGGUCAGCACUAGGGCCAGUUGAACACCUUGGUUCUUUUAUUUUUG